CCCACCUACUAAUCACACCUAUAUCUACUCCCCAAUUCACACACCCAAACAGUCGUCGGUGCUCUCUUACUCUCUCCCACGUCCCAAUCUUAUUAUAAUCUCCAAAUCUUGAUUCAAUCUCACCCAUUAUCCAAUCACCCAAACCCCAUUUUCAACUGGGGGUUGCCCACAACCCUCUAAAAUUCAAUCUUUUCAACUGGGGUUUUCACACAACCUUCAAAGAUUCAAUCUUUUCAUCUGGGGUUUGCACACAACCAUCAAAGAUUUGAUUUUUUCACCUGGGGUUUGCACCCAACCCUCAAAGAUCCAAUCUUUUUCAAGAAUGGGUCAAGAAGGAGCUCAAAAAAGAGGCCCUUCAACUCUACCCACUUCCACCGCCGCCAACGGCGGCGCCCGCAGCGGCCGGAACCUCCUCCGCGGCGGAGGUAAACGCCAGAUCCACAAAACCCUCAACAACAUCAAGAUCACAAUCCUCUGUGGUUUAGUCACCAUUCUUGUCCUACGUGGCACUAUUGGUUUCGGUUCCAUUUCUUCAAAUGAAGAGCUUGAGAACCAAGCCAUUAUUGAAGAAACGAAUCGGAUCCUGGCUGAGAUCCGAUCCGACAAAGAUCCGGAUGACCCAGAAGAUCUUGGUAAUCAAACUACAAUUGGUAUUAAUGAUACUUACACUCUUGGUGCAAAGAUCUCUAAUUGGGAUGAAGAAAGGAGUAUGUGGUUGAAUAAAAAUCAAGACUUUCCGAAUAUUGUGAAUGGUAAAGCUCGAAUCUUGCUUGUUACUGGAUCCCCACCAAACCCUUGUGAUAAUGCUAUUGGUGAUCAUUAUUUGUUGAAGUCAAUCAAGAACAAGAUUGAUUAUUGUAGGAUUCAUGGGAUUGAGAUUGUGUAUAAUAUGGCUCAUUUGGAUAAGGAGCUUUCCGGGUAUUGGGCGAAAUUGCCGUUGAUUCGGAGGUUGAUGUUGUCGCAUCCGGAAGUCGAAUGGAUUUGGUGGAUGGAUAGUGAUGCAUUGUUUACCGAUAUGGUGUUUGAGCUUCCGUUGUCCAAGUAUAAGGAUCAUAACAUGGUUAUUCAUGGGUACCCGGAUUUGUUGUUUAAUCAGAAGUCUUGGAUUGCGUUGAAUACGGGUAGUUUUUUGUUUAGGAAUUGCCAGUGGUCGUUGGAUUUGCUCGACGAUUGGGCUCCUAUGGGACCGAAAGGGCCUGUGCGUGAAGAGGCGGGGAAGAUUUUGACAGCCAAUUUGAAAGGAAGGCCUGCGUUUGAAGCGGAUGAUCAGUCGGCUUUGAUAUACUUACUGAUUACGAAAACCGAGUGGAUGAACAAGGUUUUUGUGGAGAAUUCGUAUUUUCUUCAUGGGUAUUGGGCGGGUUUGGUGGAUCGGUAUGAAGAAAUGAUGGAGAAGUACCACCCGGGUUUGGGUGAUGAACGAUGGCCUUUUGUGACACAUUUUGUCGGCUGCAAGCCGUGUGGAAGUUACGGGGAUUAUCCGGUUCAGAGGUGUUUGAGUAGCAUGGAACGCGCGUUUAAUUUUGCUGAUAAUCAAGUGUUGAAGUUGUACGGUUUCAGGCACAGGGGACUCUUGAGCCCUAAAAUUAAAAGGAUCCGAAAUGAGACUGCAACGCCUUUGCAGUAUGUAGAUCAGUUUGAUAUCCGGCAUUCGACCCAAGAGGCUAGCAACUGAGCCAUCAUCGUUGUCAAGAGGUGAUAACUGAUAAUCUUUAUGAGUUUUUGAGUUUUAAACAAGUUAUAGUUUGAUUUAUUACCACUGUAUUUGAUUUGGUUUUAAACAAUGUAGAAUUCUUUUGUUAGAACUUACUAUGAAAUAUUCAAUAGUUUGGAGCAAUCCAAUUAUUAACUUUUGAAUCA